ACAGCACCAUUUCCUCCUCUCGGCUGUCUCGAGAUUAUGUGACUGGGUCUAAACUGUCAAAGGACCAUCACUUUGAUGUGCUUAAGUUUGACUUUUGAUCUGUUGUAGGUCUGAGCAGAAAAUAUUGGACUAACGUUUGGUUCUGCAGUUGGUCAUUAUGUGUGGAAGACGUGCAUUCAGGCUUUCUCUGCUUCUGCUGGUGUGGGGUGUGUGCACAGCCUUUGAAGAGAUUCAAUUGAAAACAUUGGAAACAGGAGCAGAUUUGGGCACUCUUGCCUGCCCAAACCAAACCAUUCAUGAAAUGAUUUAUGUAAUAUGUAAGAUAGAUAGAGUGAUAAGUGGUGGGAAUGAGUGUCAAGUGUCCUUUCGAUUUGACCAAAAUGGUACAUACAGCACUUGUGACCCCAGAGUCACACUACAGACAGAGAGUGGUGGAGUGUUUCUAAACAUCACCAACAUUCAACCAUCUGAUGAAGGGAACUACACCUGUGAGUGUGUAUUUCGUGGAGUAACACAUUUUUUGCAUCUCAACGUUUCUGUCAAUGGACCCCAUGUCACAAACAACAUUUCUUUCCAUUUCAUGAUAAUAACAGCCUUUGCAGGAUUUGUAGCCGUCGUUGUCCUUGCUGGAAUAAUCAUGAGGAAAUGUCAUCUCAGCAGGAGAACACAGCAGAAAGCAGGGAACACCUUUAAAGAGGAGGAGCAACAGGACAUUGAGCCCUACAGCACGUUAACAAGGAGAGACAAUGGGCUGUACUCAACACUCCAGCUGCCACAUCCUAACCCCUGACCCUCUGGCUCCGUUGACCAAUGACGACAUGGCAUUAGACACCUUUUUCUAUCACUAGGGGUUAAAUAGUAUUUCACCAGCCCUGGAUAUACAACUGUACAGUAUAUCCAUUUACUGUAUAUCUUGAAUACUGUAAUGCCCCUAUUUCUACAGCUGAUACACUUCGACUUUAUAUAGUUCCAUUGAUUGGUUGCUGACACCUGGCUGAAUAGAUCCUAUACUGUAGAUCGUCUUCUGUAGCUGUAAAUAUCAGCGCUUACUUUAUGAAUCCUGCACAUUAUGUUACAUAGAACCAAUGUUACUGUGGAUAGAUGAUGUGAUCAUGUGAAUCCUCUACAUUACGUUACGUAUAACUAAUGUUCCUGUGGACAGAUGUGAUCAUGUGUAUUUCCACCAGGUGUCAGUGUAUUGCAUUUGUAAAAUAUAUUCCCUGCAGUAGAGAGUCAUCAUCAAAACAUUCUUCAUGACAAUGUAUUUUCCUUGCUUUCAAUGUUCCAUCUCUGUUGAUCAUGUAGGCCUACAUGAAUUACAUGUUCAAGUGAAGAGAUGUAACGACAAAACUAAACCAUUCAUUAAAACCUCAUUUCCAAUAAGA